CUCUUGCCGUCAACACGGCGACCUCUCCGUCCAAAAGCUAAGGGCGACACCGUUCCCUCUCGCUCUCUUCUCCCCUGCAUAAUAAAGAGUGAUCCUCUGGUUCCUAAUCUCCAGCCAGAGCAGGGGAAGAGAGAGAGAUAGAAGAGAGGGACGCUUGUUUCUAUUUUGCCUCUCUGCAUCACCUCAUCUCCCCUUCAACUUCUUCUUCGUCUUCUUUUACAAACCCAAAGCAUACAUCAUCUCAUUGCUCUUUCAAAUCCAAGGAGAAGAAUAGGAGAAACUAAAGCGAGGGAGAGAAAGAGAAAGAGGCUUUCUUUUUGUUUCUCUGCAACACCCAGUUUCUUCCUUUUACAAUAAACCCAACCAUUUAAUAUUUAUCUUUUCUCUCUCUAAACCCAUUAAAACCCACUUUUUUUUUAUCUGGGUUUUCUCUUUAUUUAUCUUGAUUUUGUUUUUGUGCCCCUUUAAUGGCUUCUUGGGUUCUCUCGGACUGUGGUUUGAGGCCACUUCCAAAGGUCUCUCCUUUUCCUAAGCUUACCCCAAGGCUCAGACACUCUCUUCCUUUGGGUUUCUCUGCGAAAAGAGCAGAUCUCAAUUCAAAGGUUUGCAGGGUUGUUUCUGUAGGAAGGGGUGGUUUAAGGGACUGGAAAUUGAGAGUGAGUGCUCCGUUGGAUCUGAAGGUUGUUUCUUUUGAUGAGAGAGAAAUAGAAGGGGAGAAAUUCGACCCUGCAGCUCCCCCUCCUUUCAAAUUGGCAGAUAUCAGAGCUGCAAUUCCAAAGCAUUGUUGGGUUAAGGAUCCAUGGAAAUCAAUGAGCUAUGUUGUGAGAGAUGUUGUUGUGGUUUUUGGGUUAGCUGCUGCUGCUGCUUAUGUCAACAAUUGGUUGGUUUGGCCCCUUUAUUGGGCAGCACAGGGCACCAUGUUUUGGGCUCUCUUUGUUUUGGGUCAUGACUGUGGACAUGGGAGCUUCUCUAACAAUGCUAAACUAAACAGUGUGGUUGGGCAUCUCCUUCAUUCCUCCAUUCUUGUGCCUUACCACGGUUGGAGGAUAAGUCACAGGACCCAUCAUCAAAACCAUGGACAUGUGGAGAACGACGAAUCGUGGCACCCGUUAUCGGAGAACAUAUAUAGGAGUUUGGACAAUGCUACACGAAAGCUUCGGUUUACCCUGCCUUUUCCAAUGUUUGCAUUCCCUUUCUAUCUGUGGAGUAGAAGUCCUGGAAAGAAAGGUUCCCACUUCCAUCCAGAAGGUGAUCUUUUUGUCCCAACUGAGAAGAAGGAUGCAAUCACCUCCACCUUAUGCUGGACUGCAAUGGCAGCUUUGCUAGUGGGGCUCUCAUGGGUGAUGGGUCCACUGCAACUGCUCAAGCUUUAUGGUGUUCCCUACUGUAUAUUUGUUAUGUGGUUGGAUCUUGUGACUUACUUGCAUCACCAUGGCCAUGAGGACAAACUUCCUUGGUACCGUGGGAAGGAAUGGAGUUAUCUCAGGGGAGGGCUUACAACAGUGGACCGUGAUUAUGGAAUAUUUAACAACAUUCAUCAUGACAUUGGUACUCAUGUGAUUCACCACCUGUUCCCACAGAUUCCCCACUACAACUUGAUCGAGGCUACUGAGGCAGCUAAGCCUCUGCUUCGGAAGUACUAUCGUGAGCCGAAGAAGUCAGGGCCUAUACCUUUUCACUUGCUUGAUAGUCUCCUAGUAAGUAUGAGACGGGACCAUUAUGUUAGUGACUCUGGAGAUAUUGUAUACUAUCAGACCGACCCAGCAUUGCGUGGUGAUUCUCGAGAUUAGGCACUAAGAUAUGAAGGCUUGCAGAUCUACCAUCCCUCUAACCACUAAUGUAUUUUUCCAGUUGGGAUUGAUAAUGUUGGCCUCUAUUUUUGGGCCAUCACAUUUUUUUUCUCUGGUCUAGAGAGAGAUGAUGCCUCACUAGAAUGUUGGGAAAUGUCAUUCUGAGAAUGGGGAAUUGGGGCGUCAUUAUUCUAAGUUUCCUUUGUGUUCUUGAAUCAGGGAAGCAUUGCAAUUCAUUUUGCUGAAGGUGAAACUUGUCUUCAGCAUCACAUAACCAAAUUUUGGCUUAGUAUGAAAAGAUAAAAUGGAAAGUUUGUAUUUCUUCUGAUAAAUGAAUGGACUCCGUUCAGUUGUCUUUC